CUGUUACACUAUCGUACUGUCAAUAACUAGAAUAUUGUUUUUUGGACAGGAGAGGUCUCCAUGGACUUCAAUAGUCCCGACUUUGUACCUUCUGUCUUUUCCUUCGCAACCCAGUGUGAAAUAGACAAAGGAGAUACAAAACUUGAGAGGUAAAUAUUGUCACUUUAGCCUUAUUUAGUUGCUAACUGGAAUCACAUUGCAUGCAUCAAAAUGCAGAGAAUGUAUGGCAAGUAAGGUCAGAUAGUUUUUAGAUAAUUUGUCAGACCAGAUUUUUGUAAUGUCUACAUUGUCUUGUGAAGCCCUGUUAAGCUAUGCUAUGUAAUUUACACUUGACUUGGUUUUGGUACCUGAUAACCUCCUAUGAUCUACCAAGCAACUAAACUGUUUUGGACUGACUGUUUGACCUCAUCUCUGUGUAUCAGAUUUAAGAGGAAAAGAAAAAGGGAAGAAACCAUCCACAGACCACCAGAUGAUGUACAGCGGUCCAAAGAAGCUAGUGAUGAGGCUUCUGGAGCUUGCCUGUCCUCAGAUGACUGCAGAAUGGAGCCUGGUGCUGAUCAAUGCACUGAAGCCACAGUCCCAAAGGUUCUCCAUGAUGAUCUGAAACACAAGUACAGCCAACUUUCUACAGAGUGUGUCAACCUGCGUUUGGAGAUCGACAAACUGAAAACUGAGAAUGAGGAACUAAAGGCAACACUCAUGAAUACACAAUUUUCCUUUAGCUCUAUCAAGAGUAAAGCAGUGCAGGUUCUGUUUUUCACAGGGCUGACCAGUGUCUUAUUUGAGUGGUUGAGUCACAAACUUAAAGACAGUGUAGAGGUUGUGCGUGGCUCUAUGAACCUGAAGGAUCAUCUAUUGAUCGUCCUAAUGAAACUUAGACUAGGGCUCUGCAACAAGGAUAUUGCUUUCAGAUUUAAUGUCACAGAAAGUGACAUUUCAAACAUUUUGAGAAGUUGGCUCCCUGUUAUGUCUGCGACUUUAAAGCCUCUCAUAAAGUGGCCAAGCAAGCAUGCAGUAUUAAAGAAUAUGCCAAAAUGUUUUAAACCUAAAUAUAAACAUUGCAGGUGCAUUAUUGACUGUACAGAAAUUUUUAUCAAUAGACCCACAAAUUUAACCUCCAGAGCCCAGACGUACUCGAAUUAUAAAAGCCACAACACUAUUAAAUAUUUGAUUGGCAUGUCACCUUCAGGAGCCAUUUCUUUUCUGUCGGCAGGUUGGGGUGGGCGAGUUUCAGACAAACAAAUUACAGCCGAGUCUGGAUUUUAUGACCUUCUAGAGCAUAAUGAUGAGAUACUAGCAGAUCGGGGUUUUACCAUCAGAGAUGAGCUUGCCACACGUGGUGCCACACUUAGGAUCCCUCACUUUACCAAAGGUAAAAAGCAGCUCUCUGCUCAAGAAGUGGACAUAUCAAGGCGUUUGUCUAAUGUGAGAAUACACAUUGAACGAAUAAUAGGUAGAUGGAAAAUUUUUAAAAUUCUGACAACUAUUAUUCCACUCACACAGGUUGACCUGUUAGACGAUAUAGUGAUUGUUUGUGGAGCACUAACAAACCUUUGUAAAUGUAUAGUCCCAAGAUAGCUUAAUUUAGAUUUAUUCUGUAAGUAACUGUUUAUUGUCAUCAACACAAUUAAUUGCACAUUCAAGUGUUAAAAUGUAAAAUAUUAGUACUGUAUUAAAUCAUUUGCUUCGAAGAACAUUUCAUUCAUCAUUUUUGCACUGUUCACAACACCAAUCCACAACCUUUCUUCUUACUCUAGCACAUGUGUAGUGGAAAUGGUUCUUGCACUUUGCACAGUCAAUCAUCAUUCCAAAGUCUGGCCUUUGACAGUGUGAGCAGACUGUAGGUGACUGCAUCAGUGGAUCCAUGCUGCGUGUUAACAGCUCAGGCAAAAUACUCUGUUUGAAGAACUUUUCAGCUUUAGGCAGGACUGCUUGUAGCAUUUCUUCAUCUCUGGUGAUGCGGUUGAUAGCAACAACUUGCUUUGUCCAAACCACAAAGUCGCAGUACUGGGUGUUGCAUACAAACAUGUGUAGCUGAACUUGAUGGUAGUAUUCAUGAUUCUUCUUUAAUUGUAGUGCUUUGUCUAAGCAGAACUGUGUGUCCUCGCUACUCCCUGUAAGACCAUCACGGUAUUUGUAUGGACACUUAAUCUCUAGGGUUGCUUUCCCACAGCAGGUACAGUUUGCUAUUCCAUCCGGCGAUGCCCCAAGAUGUGGUUUGUCUGGCCGCACAACAAGACCGCAAAGCUCCACUUCAAAGUUGGAAUGUUGUGCUUUCAUUAUUUCUGUGUAUUGUCUUCUGGCUGUGUCCUCCAUAUCUCUUCCCCAAAGUACUGCUGGCACAUGGGACAAGUCUUGUUUAUUGUAGUGCAUUACCUGUUUUACAAGGUUUAGUUUAGCUGUUUCGGUUACUACAGUGUAUACACGAUGUAGGGUUGUGCUUGUUAUCCUUCCAUUUCUGUGUGUGUGCCAGGCCUGAGACUGUGCCUGAUUUUUAGUUGUAAGCUCAAGGUUUACACACUGCUCAUUAGUUAACCCCUUCCUCAGUUUUUCAAAAGUCUCUUCACUCCUCUCUUGUAGUUGAUUUUUGCAGAGGCAUCUCAGAUUGGCAUCAUAC